AUACAUCUUCUUCACUACAACGUCGUGCACACGGCUAUUAUACUUUUACAGUCUCAGCAUCGUACUUACAUCUAAUUAUCCUUUUCCACGGAGUAUGAGCGCUGUUAAAAGACGCAGAGUUAGUUCUGCUCCGCGGGUUGUCACGAAGGCUGAGGAGAUUGAAGCCGAGACUGUACAAGUUGGCCUCGAUACAGAGUCAUUGCAGAAUUUCUUAAUCUCAUUGGAAGCUACAUGGCCCAAUACUCGACGAUUCGAGCGACGCGCUCCGUUUCCUCAGUCGCGGUCAGACACGCUUUCAGCCAUCGAGAAUGACGUCCAACAGGUCACUGGGAUUAUGGGUGACUUCACAGACGCGUGUCAACGUGCCCUAUCGUUGCUCCGUUCGCAGCACAACAGUGAGGUCGACAUCAAUGCGAUCCUGCCAGAGGAUGUGCUCUGUCACAUUUUCGAGACAGCCGCAGAGAAUGGUUACGAUCAUGUCUCUGUGCUUGCUAUUUCACACACUUGUGCAAGAUGGCGAGACAUUUGCUUUAGGAAUCCAUCCAUAUACCACUGCAUUGAUAUUUCGACUAUUCCGGUCAAGAUUGGCGAGCUUUUCAUCAGCACCAACCUCAACCUCCCCCUUUGUCUGCGCUUUAUGAAAGCUGCCCCCGUUGCCUCGCUCCUGGCCAGGCAGACCUUUUGUGCCUCGAGCUUGGCUCGUGCAAAGGAGUUCUGCCUUACAACGAGCCCCUCUUGGGUACCGCUGGGGCGACGUAGUCCUUUACUCACGACUGUCAUGCUAGUGAAUGCGCAAGCAGUCGAUGGGGAUGGUCUGAUUACGAGCUCGUUCUUAUCACAGCCCAAAUUGUCUCAGUUUACCAUGAUUGGAAUGCGUUACCCGUGGAACUCAGGCGCAUAUGCGAGGCUCUCCAAACUUUGCCUUAUCAUUUCGGGACUCAACACGGGGUUCCAUGACGAUGAUCUGGAUGUCCUUCAGCUCUUCCAGAAGUCACCGAAUAUGGUCGAGUGCACCAUUCUAGUGAGCAAGCCUGUCUCAAUUCAAGGUCGUCGUCCGCAGAAACCCAAGGAACUCAUUUCCAUGCCUGGCCUUCGCACACUCUAUCUCAAGCUUCUUUCUUCAGACCUCGACUACAUCCUGUCUUCCAUUUCCACUCCCCCGACAAUGAAAGCCACACUCACUGCGAUGCAUGAUUCCAGAGAUCACUCACCACUUGCAUGGAUUCCGCUAGACCCUAGAUGUCUUCCAUGUUUCCAUGUGAUGGAUGCGCUGUGCCUGAAUAGACGGGACUUCCGUAUCCUCGCAUUCAAAAACGUGCCAGAUGGAUGGUGUCGCGAACCCGAACCGACCGUAACGAUUGCGGCCGAAUGGUAUGCUCCGCCUCAACCAUAUGUGUUAUGUCCUAUUCUCGGGGUCACUAGGAUCCUACAUUCAAUGUCCUCCCUGAAAGCUUUGGAUGUCCAAGAAAUGGAUAGCUGGUGUUAUGGGUCGUCUGAAACGAGUCUCGACCACCUUGUUAAAGAUGUGUUCUCGUUGCUCAAUGCGGCGCCUACGUUGAACCUUCUAACCUUGGAUAAAUGCCCCGAGGAGGUAUUGGAAUUACUUGCUACUCAAAAGGCGCAUUCGUCUGCUCGCUUUUGUGUGGGCUUGCACAGGCUGAGCUGCUCUCGAGCUCGCAUCAAUAAGGAUGUAAUUCUACGUCUGUGUCAAACCUUCUCAAAACAAAUCCAAGCUCUUCGAUUCCUGCGUUGUCGUUUCGAGUCAAAAGAUGUGGAAGCUGAACUUUUGGCUUGCCUGGGACAGAUCGGGGUCUCUGAUAUUCAAUCUGAUCUUGCCGAAUUCGAGUGAUGAAUGGGCGUGAUGAUAUAUCUUCUGGGAGAGUAUUAACGUUUAUGUCACGACGAUGAUAAGGCCAGCAAUAAUAUUCCAGGCUCAGGCUACUGCCAAUCCUAGGUAUGGUAAACAACCCCCCUACACACUUGGAACGAGGCAGAACGAUGUGAGGGACAUUAUCACCUGGGGUACAGUCGGUACACAGCGUGUGUUUUCUACGUCUUCGUUCCAAAAUUCUCUUUGUAUCAGGAACAGGGAAGUGGUUGUCGUCGUCUUUGACUGCUUUUGAAGGGGCGUUGUGUACGUUACAAAAUCUCAUCGAUGGUAAUAGAAAAUAUUCACGUUAGGAAGAU